AUGCUGGAAUAUCAAAUGAAAGUGAUAGGAUUAUUGAUUCUAUUUGUAAUGGACACCAGUCUUGCUAGGGGGCUGACGAAAUGGGAAAAAAUAAACAAUAUCCUCAGCAAAAAUGAUUUUUCUACACCACCCUGGAGAGGAAAACGAGGGAAGUCAACUGUCACAAUGGCGAUAUUUUUCUCUCAGAUAAGAAGUACUGGAGUGCAUAAGGUGGAAUUCAUGUAUAAUAUCUAUCAAACCUGGCUGGACACGAGAUUAACCUAUAACGCUACGAAUCCUGACGACAUCGUAGAAAUCAGCAGGCGACACUGGAACAAAGUAUGGCAGCCGGAUCUCUAUCCUGACAAUGAUAUAUCAUCCUAUAGACAAGAUGUUUCCAAUGUCAACAAGUUACUAUGGGUUCUCCCUAAUGGAACGAUGACACUGGGGUUAAGAUUGACCACUGAACUUUCUUGUAAACUACUGACGGUUCAAUUUCCUGUUGGGAAAUCCAUUUGCCGUAUGAAAUUUCGCACUUUCUCCUACAGACAAGAAGUCCUCAGACUACAAUGGAAAUCCAAAAAUGCCGUUCAUUUUGCUUCUAACUUACUUAAAAACUACAUGAAGCUUGCACGAUACAAGAAAAAAAUGUGUAUGAACGACAGAGUGUCACUAGUUAGAACAUCAUGUGUAGAGUUGAUGCUGCGCCUAAAGAUAGAUUACUCGUCAAGCCUGCUGCAGUUAUACUUGCCCAGCAUUUUUGUGGUUUUGAUGGCUUGGCUAUCUUUCUGGGUACGUCGCGAUCAAGUAGCGGCUAGGACAUCCCUUACUACUCUAUGUGUCGUGUCUAUGAUCACAGAAAAGAUGGGAGUCAACUUCUUGAUGCCAGAGGCAGCAGGUGUCAUGGCGGUGGAGAUAUGGAUGUUCGUCUGUCUCACAUUCGUAUGCGGAGCUCUCUGUGAAUUUAUCUGGGUACAUACCCUCACUGGAUUGGAAAGAAAAUCCAUGGCUGAUGGAGGGAUUAGAACACCAAGUCUCACUGAUGAUCCACCAAGCACUGUCAAGCUCCACUGUCAAAAUAAAACGGCCCAAACUCGCAGAAGUUGGAAGCGUCGAUUUGCUUACUGUGGAAUUUUCCUCAGAUCUGGCCAACUGGAAACUUGUGCAAAGAUAAUAUAUGCGUUAGCUUUUGGAAGUUUUCAAAUAGUGUACUGGACUUAUUUUCUUCUUCUUGAUUGA